ACAUAAUGAAGAAGUGCCGAAGAAACAUGAACAAGAGGUGAAGAUGAAUGAGGACUUCACAGUAGAAGUUGAUGAGGUUUACAAAGAAAGAGAGGUUAUCACAGGUGGGAUGUGGUGGUUGGUGUUUUAUGAAGGAGCUGUCUGCUGCACUGUCUGUGAGGAGAACUGUCACUAUCCUGGAUGCACAAUGGCCUGGUAUCCUAAAGACUGUGAGGUCAUGAAAGAUGGCCGCUGUACUUCAUGUACCAAUAAGUGUCCUGUGUCAGAUCAUGUGAAAGUACAAUGGAGAUAUGUGACCAAGACCAGGAAAGUUAAGAAGACUGAAAAGGAAAUGAAAGAGAGAUAUGAAAAGAAUAAAGCUGAAAGUGAGAAGAAGUUAAACUUGUUGGAAAAUCUAAGACAGGAAAUGGAAAAACUGAAGACAGAGAAGAAUCAGCUGCUUGAAGAGGUCUACCAGCUUGUUGUCAGUCUGGAACAGAUUGCCCUGAAUGUCUGUUCUCUGUCCACUCAUGUCCACUUGGACUUCCUUAUUGAGAAGAUGAAGGAGAAAGGAGACAGAGAGAAGGUCCAGAGUCUGGAGGGGAUGAGAAGUCGAAUGGACGAAGGAACCAGAGCAGGACUGGGAUACAUGCGGAGUCAACUAAGAGCAUUGGGAAAGUAGUUAAAGAAGCAGAGGUGUAGGUGAUCAGACAGCUUUGUAGAAAACUGCUGACAACCUGUUAUUGCAACAAAACUAGUGCAUUUUUACAUGUCCCUUGUUUUCUGCAUCAGAUCAUAUAUUUUUUAUUAAUUAAUGGUAAUUAAUAAUUAAGCAGUUGUCAAUCAAUAAUUAAUUAACAAUCAGUUUAUCAUUAACACUCCUAAGUAUGAGGCAAUGUCGCAUUUUGUGGUGCACAGAACAGAAUUAGGCGACUUGGUUUCUCUGGAAAAAGAAAAAGAACUGUAACCAGAACCAGCUGAGGAAACUGUAAUGUGACAGUACAGGUAGUUUAUCUCUAACUGGACUUUGACAUACUGCCUCAGCUGGUAACCAGCAGCCCCCACUCUCCUUCAUAUGUGGAGUGAACUGGGAGCCAGCUACCAGCAGCCACCCCGGUGGUCGAUGCUCAGCCUACAAGGGGGACAGCAGCUCCCCCCAUCCCUGAUGACCCAGACUGACACUAGCAUGUCACUGCCACAGACGCUGUCCCACAUGUUGUUUCUCAGUGAAUCAUGGGACUGGUCUCAGACACCUCCUCUUAUCUCUGUCUCCUGAAUCCUUCUCUCAGGCUGUUUUCUGAUUGGCAGAUGGAUCAUUGGCCAAAGGUGAUGGUUACCUUCUGUCCAUCACUGAUUGAUUAUCUCUGAUGUGUCUUUAUCUGAUGGAUGAUUUGAUUCAAGAUUCAAGAUUGUUAUUUGCCAUUUAUGCAUAAACAGACAGUCUAGUCAUAUAGGAAUUCUUGUGCAGGGCUCUCCUGGAGUCAAGUAAAGAGUUAGAAGCCAAAAGAACGGGACAUCUAAUCUAAAUAUAAAGUCACAUAAGAAUAAAGUAGUAGAUAAAAUUGUGAAUACAAAAGUAAAAUAAUAAAUAAGAUGGUGAGUUUCAAAUAUUGCACAUAGUGGUAUUGUACAUGAUCAUCUACUUAGUAGGGUAAUGAGGGGUUAUUGCACAUGUUUUUCACAUUUCCUAUUAGCCAUCAGUCUUACUGUA